AUGACUGGUGUCGAGACCAAGCUGGACCCCGUCGCUCACCUUGAGAGACGAGGGUCGGACAAUGAAGAGGGCCUUCCAGCGGUCAAGCAGCAGAUCAACCAGGACGAGCCUGACAUCUACAUGGAAGCGCUGGCCCGCUAUCCCGAUGAUGAGUCGAUUGACAAGGCAGAUGAGAGGCGUGUGGUGCGAAAGCUAGACAUGCGCAUCCUACCCCUCCUCGGAAUCUGCUACUUCUUUUAUUAUGUCGACAAGACAACCCUAUCGUACGCCGCCAUCUUCGGCAUCAAGGACGACCUCGGCCUCGGCAAGACCGAAUACUCGUGGCUGUCCAGCUGCUUCUACUUUGGCUGGCUCGCGUGGGCGAUCCCGUCCAACCUCAUCAUGCAGCGCAGCCCCGUGGCGACGUACCUGGCCGCCAACAUCUUCCUCUGGGGCGCGCUGCUGAUGGCGCAGGCGGCGGCGCGGGACUUUGCCGGGCUCGCGGCGCUGCGCGUGCUGUCCGGCGCGUUCGAGGCCAUCGCCGACCCGGCUUUCAUGCUCAUCACCUCCAUGUACUACACGCGCGAGGAGCAGCCGGCGCGCAUCUCGGCGUGGUACAUGUGGAACGGCGUCGGCGUGGCCGGCGGCGGCCUGAUCGGCUACGGCAUUGGCCAGAUCAAGGGCACGCUGGCAUCGUGGCGCUACGAGUUCAUCAUCGUCGGCGCCGCCUGCUCCCUCUGGGCCGUCGCGCUGCUCCUCGCGCUGCCCAGCUCGCCGCGGACCGUCCGCGGCUUCACGCGCGAGGAGCGGCUGGUCAUGAUCGCGCGCGUGCGCCGCAACCAGACGGGCAUCGAGCAGCGGCGCGUCAACUGGGCGCAGGUGCGCGAGGCCUACGCCGACUACAAGACGUGGCUGUUCACGCUGCUCGGGCUGGUCGCCAACGUGCCCAACGGCGGCAUCUCCAACUUUUCCACGCUCGUCAUCAGGGGGUUGGGAUUCGACACGAAGCAGACGGCGCUGCUGGGCAUCCCGCAGGGCGCGCUGGUGGUCGUCUGGAUCGGCCUCGGCGCGCUGGCGAACCGGUACAUGCCGCCGAACAGCCGCACCGUCGUGUGCGUCGUGUUCAUGCUGCCGACCAUUGCCGGCGCCUUGGGGUUCCUGCUGGCCCCGCGGGACGCGUACGUCGGGCGUCUGAUCUGCUUCUACCUCACCGGCUCCUACCAGGCCGCAUUCGUCAUCUCACUCUCCCUCAUCACGUCCAACACGGGCGGCCAGUCCAAGAAGAUGAUCGUGUCGGGCAUGAUCUGGUUCGGCGCGUGCAUCGGCAACAUCGUCAGCCCCUUCUUCUACAAGGACAGCCAGGCGCCGUCGUACCGGCUGGGCAUCGGCUCACUCCUGGCGGCGAACUGCAUAGAGCUGCUGCUCUUCUUCGUCCUGCGCUACGCGUUCAAGUGGGAGAACAGGAAGAAGGAGAAGCUGCGCGCGGCGAUGCGGGAGAGCGGCGAGGGGGUGGCGGCGCUCAACGAGACUGCGUUUAUGGACCUGACGGACACACAGAACCCAAAUUUUGUCUAUGUCUACUAG